GUACCCUUCGAACUCACGAUGGCGUUGGGCCGGUAAUGGAACGCGUUUUACGGGAAGGUCCGGGCAGGCGUCUGGUGAAAACGAAAAUCGUACGAUCGUUGCGAGUCGGCGAGUCGACGAGAUCAUGCAGACCACCACAAAAACAGAAACACGCAGUAGAAAGGGAACCAUUGUCGUGGAAAGUCGCGAUUGGAUACCGACACCCGGGACAGACGUGCUUCUAGUGGUUUUUUUUCGGAAACAUACAUGCGAUGUGUAUCAAAUACGAUAUGGAAAAUUGUAGCCUAUAUAAGCCGAUAAGCAUAAUCCACCCGAAAGGUAUUUGACCGAUAACCGUUAGCAAGAUAAGUGUGCCUAAUAUUGCUGGCCGGGUAAUAGCCAAGAAUAUCCAAGCCAUCGAGGCUUUUUGGAGUUUGUUUUCCUUUUUUUCGCCUACAAUUCAACCAUGGUGAGUGCAGUGCUUUCAUCAAGCGGGAAACAGAUGUGCAAGAUGUGUGGGGAGGAAGCGUGCAUUUGAUGUUCUAUUUUUGGUACCCAAACAGUGACCGAUCGCGCUGGACGUCCACAUAACGUCUGAUUGGGUUCGACAACGUGUAUAAACAAUCGUCGUAACAUAGCUAAUCGACAGUGUAAUAAUUGUGUCCGGAGUGGACUGGGGGACACGGGUAACAUCUGGGAAUGGUGCUGGUUGCUAGUUGAAUGGAGGAGUCAGCACAGCUCACCAGCAAUGAUUUACGAUGGAGCGUGUGAACAAAAUAUAUCACUCAUCCAGGAACUUUAUGUUCAAAUACAUCAUAGCGCUUCUAUGGACAGGGUUCAAUUUUGUCGUUUUCUGUAAGGCAUUCAGCAACUACCAUCACGAUGUGGAGUACUACUAUCUCAGCCGAAUACUUGGGAACGGGCUAUGUGUUUCGCGUGGAACCGCUCCGGUACUUAACGUGACUAUGGCCCUAAUAACACUGCCCACGUGCAAGACAUUUAAUUUGCUUCUGCACAAGCUGUUUGGCCGAUGCUCUACCCGACUAUUGGUACACUAUCUCCAGAAGACUAAGGUUCUGCAUCUGAUAUUGGGAUGUAGUUUGCUGAUCGUUGCGAUUGUACAUAGUGUGGCACAUUUUGUGAACAUCGUCAACUUUAUUGACAAUUACGACGAACGCUAUCGGGAAAUAAAUUGGGCAAAUGGACCAGAUGACAACGUCCUUCGGUUGCUGUUUGCUACACCGACCGGGUUUUCGGGCUGCAUCAUGCUGCUUACGCUGGCGGCAAUGGCGUACCUAGCUCGUCGAUCGAUGCGCGAUCGUUUCUACAACAGUUUCUUCACCUCACACCAUCUGUUUCUCGUAUUUUACGGGAUGAUGUUCUACCAUCCGCUAAGUAACAUCAUCAAGCAUCAAACGAAUGUCGACAAGCAUAAGAUCAUGUGUGAUCUGGUCGAUAAUGUAACGCUGCACAGCAACGAAGACUUGCUGGUACUGUGCGAGGAACCGCCUCAAUUUUCGGCCGGUGCAAAACGUGCAUGGAUUUGGCCGUUGGUGGGCUUAGCGAUCUAUCUGGCCGAUAUCUCCUUUCGCUACCUUACAUCUCAUUCGGAGCGCUACCGUGUUACAACGGUGCAGACGUACGCAAUGGCAGGACAUGCAAUACACCUUCGGUUACAGUUUUGUUGCAAGGAAAUGGUCAAAAUUCUUCCCGGCCAGUACAUACUGCUGCAGUGUCCAGCAAUUUCCACCCUCGAAUGGCAUCCAUUUACGAUAACGGAGCUUCCCAUUGAGGGACGUAAUGAUAUUACGCUCACGAUCAAGGUGCGAGGAGACUGGACGGAGGAGCUAUAUGAUCGGAUCGUGCAGAGGGAACAGUGCAAGCGCAAUCUUGGUGGUGUUGAUCCGUACCGAAGGAUUGAGUUCUUGUUGGAUGGACCGUACCCGUCCGUCAUGAGCAAUAUGCUCGAUUGCAAGAGAAUUUUAUUUGUCGGUGCUGGUGUUGGCAUUACACCUUUUGUAACAAUCAUGCGAUUGCUGUUAAGCUCCAAUGUCGAUCAACCGGCCAGGGUGCAUCUGGUUUGGAUUGCACGUAAUUUGGAAACGUUUCUGUGGUUUUCAGACGAGAUCGCACGUUUGCAGGAGAAGUUCUGGAGCCAAAACAAACCGGACCGCUUCUGGGUGAAGCUGUACUGGACGCAAAACUACGACGAACAUCUGCUGGCGGAAUGUUUUGGCGACAUGCCUUCGAUCAAAUCGCGCAUGCACCGGGGACGCCCGAACUGGAACGAUGUAUUUAUCGAUCUGGUCACACUCUAUCCCAAAAAAUCGGUGUCCGUUUUUAGCUGCGGACCAAAGGAACUGACUAAGGAAAUUCGUCUAAAGUGCAAGGAGUACAGCAAGCAUGGCUGUAAGCUAAGCUACUUCCACGAAGGGUUCGGAUAAUGCCGUCCUGGAUGUGUGAUCAUAUGAGUGUUUAGUAUACUAAUUUUGAACUCUUAUAUCUAACACACAAAUACGAACUCUUUCUACGCUACAUGUCAUCUGUGGUUGUGUGUUUUACCAGUGAAAGUACUCAGCAGAACAUUGCAAUGCUGCCAUGAAAAGAAAUAAAAAUAGAUUUGUCUACGUCA